UUUGUUGAUACACAGCUGUGAAAAAUCUUCUAAAGGCGGUGCCUCCGUGUACAGACAAACAUUUGAUAAAAACCAACACCCAGUGCACAGAGGGCUGCGGCAGAAAAAAGUACUCCCAAUGGAUACGCCAGGAUUUUAUCCCUGCGACGAGGCCGUCAUAUCCACGAACGACGAUGCGAGCAACUGCAAACGGUCGGCGGUGAAGCUGGGCUACUGGAAGGACGACUACAUUGGCCACUUUGUGCGCAACCCGGAUCGCAAGGCGCCCGAAAUAAACCGGGGCUACUAUGCCCGCGUCAAGGGUAUUCAGAUGUGCAUCGAGAAAUUUUUCAAGAAAACCGGGGACAAAUGCCAAAUAAUCAAUCUCGGUUGCGGCUUCGAUACGCUCUACUGGAGACUCCGGGAUGCUGGACACAUGGUGACUAACUUUGUCGAGCUGGACUUCCCCACCGUCACGUCGCGCAAAUGCUACCAAAUCAAACGAAAUAAGAUAUUGCUCGAAAAAAUCCACGUUGAAGAUGGUGAAGUCCGCCUCAGUCCGACUGAUCUGCACUCCACUAACUACCAUAUCGUCGGGGUGGACUUGCGCAACAUCGACGAGGUGGCACAAAAGCUGCAGCAGUCCGAGAUUGACUACAACGUACCAACAAUCUUCCUGGCCGAAUGCGUACUGGUGUACAUCGAGUCGCAAAACUGCAACAAUCUGCUCAAGUGGUUCGCGGCGAACUUCAAGACGGCCGCCUUUGUCAACUACGAACAGGUCAACAUGAACGAUCGGUUCGGUGAGGUGAUGCUGAACAACUUGCGGCAGCGCGGGUGCAGUUUAGCCGGGGUGGAUUCUUGCGUUUCCCUCGAAACUCAGAUCUCAAGAUUUAUGCAAUGCAACUGGCACGGUGCCAGAGCGUGGGAUAUGGUGCAGAUCUACAACAGCAUACCCGCCUCGGAACGAGCCCGCACCGAGCGGAUCGAGAUGCUGGACGAAGGCGAGCUGUUGAUGCAACUGUUCCAACACUACUGCAUCUCGAUCGCCUGGAUAGGGGAUCUGUUUCAGGACAUCGAAAUAACCGUUGAAAAGCAACUGUCUUCGCUAAAUAUAGAUUAAUCAAACCAACCAUCGUGGGAUCGUGAAAUAUAUUAGAAGUAUAUUUUUCUCGACAUGAACUACCAGCACGGGUGAAACCAGGACAAAAAGGGGCAAACAGAAAACCUCUACCAUAACAAUUCCCGGCCAUCGGGAUCGAAAUUCUACUCUGCCUGAAGUAACUGAAAAGGAAACUCUACAAUCAAAUCCACAAGGACAAACAUUUAGCACAUGGUCGUGUAUUUUAACGUUAUUGCACAGUUCAAUGUUCAUACCGGGACUGUCUACAUAGAUCUAAGGCAGAAAGUUAAUACCAUGUACACCCAGAUUUUCCUACAAAAGUACCACUUUCGUAAAAUAUCCUUAUACAAUACACCCUUUCUAUCUUUCAUCAACUUCUUUCUUUUCCGGACCUUUCAAACGUUUCUUCAAAAGUUACCUUCCAUUAGCCAAAACGAAAAAAGAAACAAACACCCACAAAAUGUAAUUAUCGAAUUGAUGUAAACUCGGUGUAGCAUGUUGCGGCCAAGUAGGAAAAAGGCGCCAACCCAUCCUCCGAUCCCGGAUAAGACUGUAUUGGCUAGUUUUGUAGAUAGGUUUUUGAAAACAAAUUUGAUACUGCAAUAACGCACAUCGCACAUCUCGAUUUUGCCUUGGUUAACUUAUUAAUUAGAUAAAAUGUGUAUCUUCUUUUUUUCUAUCAACUCUGCUCCCAUUUUCCCGUCGAGUGCUGGGUCACGAUGACAACUCAAACACAAAAGCAAGAUUAAUUUAAUGUAGUAUGAACGAAGUGAAGUAGACAGCGUUUCUAAGUUCCUUAUUGUAUCCGCGAAUUUUGUUAAUAUUUAUUUCUAAUAAAUCUAAAGCAACAGUCGUGUCAAACCGAA